AUGUCUGACGAAAAACCUUCCUCCUCAACCGAAGAGUUCCACCCUAACCCUAACCCCCACCAUGACUUUAUUGCCACAUCUCAAGGCCUUUCUCGAGUCAUAACCUCAGACACUCAUGUCCAUCUAGGAAGCAUGUCUUUUGAACGCUCAGAGUUCAUGCGUGCUUUUGAAGGUUACCUUAACCCAGGCUCUGCUCCAAGACCUUCCCGUAAAUUCGGAAACCCAGUCCCCCUAGGUGUCGCUGGUUUUUCAAUGUCCUUGUUUAUAGUCUCUUUAAUUAACACAGGUGCAAGAGAUGUUUCCAAUGGAGCCCUAGCUGCAGGUCUUUGUAUGGUAUAUUCUGGUCUUAUUGAAUUAAUUGCAGGAAUUUGGUGUAUUGUUGCAGAAAAUACAUGGGCUGCUACACUUAUUACCUCCUUUAGUGGCUUUUGGAUUUCUUACGGAUUUAUUUUGAUUGAUGCUUUUGGAAUGGUUUCUGCUUAUAAAGAUACUCCAGGUCAAUUGCAAAGUGUUCUUGGAUUUUACUUGGUUGGUUGGACUCUUUUCUCUGCUGUUAUGUGGAGUUUUACUUUCAGAUCAACUUGGGUUUUAUUUUCUCUCAUGUUUUUUGUUGUCAUUAUACUUUGUUUGCUUUCUGCUGGUCAAUUCCUAUUACUUUCUCAUCCUACAACUGCUACUAAUUGCACAAAGGCUGGUGGAGUAAUUGGAGUAUUUACUGCUUUUAUUGGAUGGUAUAUUGUUUAUGAAGGUAUUGCAACAAAUGAAAAUACCUUUUUCGUUCCUCCAGUUUUGCUUAUGCCCCAGACUGUUCUUGGACGCAAGAAGAAGAGCCAAGAAGAGGAAGUUUAA